CUCAGCAGUCAAGCUGACUCACACUGGCGCAGUUUGCAAAUAUUUCCCCAUUUUUGAACUUUAAUUUUUACGUAACAAAUUACGCGUCAUUUUGUAGUUCUUCCUUCGACCUAUUUUCUGCCAGUCUCAACCUGUUCUGUUCGUGUUUCUAUAGGAUAAAAUUGGAGUGAUAGUCGAAGAAGCUGAAGACGGAUACAAUCUGCCUGCUGCGUUGGAAGUGCUGCUGUGUAACCUGUGUUGUGUUGUGGAUUCUUCCGUAAUGAGGCACGUGCAUCGGCUGUGCUGAAUUGAGUUCAUCACGCUCGCCAUCUGUUUGAGCGGGAUUUGUUGACGGGGAAUCGUGUGUGGUCCUGGGAGUAUUUUGAAGAGGACGGGAGAAGAAUGAAGCUGUACUCGUUGUGCGUGCUGUACAAGGGUCCCAAGGCGCGCAUGCUGAAGGCCGCGUACGAUCUGCAGUCCUUCGGAUACUUCCAGCGUGGAAGUGUGCAGGAGUUCAUGACGUUCACCUCGGAGCUGCUGGUGGAGCGGACGCCCGUCGGCUCCAAGGCGCGCGUCAAACAGGAAGAAUACAUCUGCACCAUCUACAUCCGGUCGGACAGUCUGGCCGGCGUGCUCAUCUCCGACCAGGAGUAUCCCGACCGCGUCGGCUUCACGCUCCUCCACAAGGUGCUGGAUGAUUUCUCCAGCAGCGUGCCCUCGUCCAGCUGGCCCUCGGGCAGUCCCGCAUCGAUCAACUUCGGCGGGUUGGACGAGGCGCUGGCCAAGUACCAGAACCCCAAGGAGGCCGACGCCCUCACCAAGAUCCAGGCCGAUCUCGACGACACCAAAGUCAUCCUGCACAACACGAUCGAAGCGGUGCUGCAGCGCGGCGAGAAGCUGGACGAUCUCGUGGCCAAGUCGGAGGAGCUCAGCAUGAGCUCCAAGGCCUUCUACACCACGGCUCGCAAAACGAACGCCUGCUGCAAAUCGUGGUGAAGGGAAAACGAAGACACUCGGCGUUCCGCACUGAUUGUUCGCUGCUGCAUGUUUGGCUGUGUUUUUGUACGGUUCCCUGUCAACGUUUCGUCGCUGCCGGGCGCAACCCGGAAUCGUCUGCGGACCGGCUGGAAAAGUAUUACGCUAAUGGCCAGUGUUGUCCUUCGGGUAAUUCGUCAGUACUCCACGCGUUUUUUUCUCUGUCACGUGUCAGAAAUAAUUUCUUCUCUAAUUUCCUGUCAAUCAGAUUUGUGUUCGCCGAAUACAUAGACAUUCCUUGUUGCUUUUUUUUGCCGAACAGAGCCCAAUUAUUGCUGAAUGCUGUCUGUUGCGCUGCUAGCGCUGUUUGUUGCGCAUCUGUCAUACACAUUAAUCUGAAUUAAAUCACAUGCUUCA